CAGCAGCCGCAGCAGGAGCAGCAGUAGAAUUAAUUAAUUAAUUAAUUAAUUAAUUUAAGAAGAGGAGGAAGAGGUGGGUAGUAGGAAGUAGGAGGAAAUAGGAGGAAAUGGGGGUGAAGCUGCUGGACGCGUGGGUGAGCCCGUUCGGGCAGCGGGUGCGGAUAGCGCUGGCGGAGAAGGGGGUGGAGUACGAGUACGUGGAGGAGAACCUGGCGGAGAAGAGCCGGCUGCUGCUCGAGUCCAACCCGGUCCACAAGAAGAUCCCCGUCCUCAUCCACGACGGCAACCCCGUCUGCGAGUCGCUCAUCAUCGUCGAAUACAUCGACGACGUCUGGGACAAGAAGCCCCACCUCCUCCCCGCCCACCCCUACCUCCGCGCCCAACCCCGCUUCUGGGCCGAUUUCGUCGACAAGAAGAUCUACGAGUGCGGGACGCGGCUGUGGAAGCUGAAGGGCGAGGAGCAGGCGGAGGCGAAGAAGGAGAUGAUCGAGAUCCUGAAGCUGCUCGCGGCGGAGCUCGGCGACAAGACGUACUUCGGCGGCGACGCCUUCGGGUUCGUGGACGUCGCCCUCGUGCCGUUCACGUCGUGGUUCUACUCGUACGAGAGGUGCGCCGGGUUCAGCGUCGAGGCGGAGUGCCCGGAGAUCGUGGCGUGGGCGAAGCGGUGCAUGGAGCGGGAGAGCGUCAAGAAGACGCUCUACGAUCCCGAGAAGGUCUACGAGUUCGUGUGCUUCCUCAAGAAGCGCUACGGCGUGGAGUAGCUAAUUAAGCAAGCUAGCUAGCCCAUGCAUGCAUGCAUGCAGAGAGUUCAUGCAACGAGGGUGGGGUCAUCUUGUUGUGUUUAGUGUACGUGUGCUGUGUUUUAGUCGAGUGUUUUGAUCAGUUAUUUGGUGCUUAUUACUUUUCAUACGUAGUCAUCGCGUGCCAGGGAUUUAGGUAACUCGGUCGUUGCCUUUUGUCCUUUUUAUAUGGUGUCGCUCUCCCAUCAAUAAAAUGUGUUAUGUAUAAAAUAAAUAGUACAGAGUUGUUGUGCUUUGAUUCA